AUGGACGGAGCUCCGGUCGCCGAGUUCCAGCCGACGGUGACGCACGGCGGCCGGUUCCUGCAGUACAACAUCUUCGGCAACCUGUUCGAGAUCACGCACAAGUACCAGCCCCCCAUCAUGCCCAUCGGCCGCGGCGCCUACGGGAUCGUCUGCUAUCUACUAGUAGUGCAGUGGUUGAUCAUAGGCAUCAGGGACGUGAUCCCGCCGCCGAUCCCGCAGGCGUUCAGCGACGUGUACAUCGGCACGGAGCUCAUGGACACGGACCUCCACCACAUCAUCCGCUCCAACCAGGAGCUCUCGGAGGAGCACUGCCAGGUGAUCGGGACGCCGACGGACGAUGAGCUCGGGUUCAUCCGGAACGAGGACGCGCGGAAGUACAUGCGCCACCUCCCGCAGUUCCCGCGGCGGCCGUUAGCGAGCCUGUUCCCGAAGGUGCAGUCCGUCGCGGCGCUGGACCUCAUCGAGCGGAUGCUCACCUUCAACCCGCUGCAGAGGAUCACAGUUGAAGAGGCGCUGGAGCACCCGUACCUGGAGCGAUUACACGACAUCGCCGACGAGCCCAUCUGCACGGAGCCAUUCUCGUUCGACUUCGAGCAGCAGGCUCUAACAGAAGACCAAAUGAAGCAGCUGAUAUUCGACGAGGCCAUCGAAAUGAACCCCAAUUUCCGAUAUUAG